AUGAUAAACGAACGACCUUGGCGGUGGCCUCAAAAAUACAAGGAAAUAUAUUGUGUUUUAACUUUAGUAAUCAUAAUGAAAGGUGUACUUAUAUUACUACUAUUUUGGAAACCGUAUUUAGCUGAAGGAAAUGCAAAUUCGUACGAGGCUUAUUACAACGAAGAUUUUUAUUCCUUCGUUGUACAGGCUAAUGCCAUUCAACAUAAGAGCAUCGUACAAGGAUUAUUCAGUAAUUUAAUGAGAGAUAAUUCCACCGACAGCUGCCUCCGAGAUUUGAGAUAUUAUCAAGACUCCGUCAAUAGUCACGAACACUGGGCCAUAUCACGUAAAGUUUCUGCUUAUUAUAAAUUUUAUGUUUGA